CAAUGCACCGCGCUGUCCCGGAGCCGUUGCCAUGUUAGAGCAGUAUGGGGGAGUUUCCCGCAGAAUGCGCCGUUACACAUCGUGAAAACUUUUCCCUCUGAUCGUUAGUCCGCUCGUUUCAGUCUUUCUCUUGCUGCAGGAAAACCUCCAUGUUUGUUUACAAAGCCUUCAUAACGGAUAUCCCCAUCCGGCGAGUGUGUUAAUAGGCAGGAAAAUGAACAAAACUGCGUUUCGUUGUCCAUUUCUUCACCAAACUUCAGACGCGGUAACGUCAGGUCUGGGAAAAACAGUCAAAACGGGUUGUUUUCUUCAGGCUACAGAUUAAAGUGUGUGUGUGUGUGCAGUGUGGCCGUGUUGACUGGUGCUAAUCACAGCUGCGGUCUGCAGGAAUGAGGAAGCAGAGCUAGAGGCCCAACUCUGCAGCGCCUGUGUCAGGAUGGAGCUGAAGGUUUGGGUGGAUGGAAUCCAGCGAGUGGUCUGUGGAGUCACAGAGGCCACCACCUGUCAGGAAGUGGUCAUUGCACUGGCUCAGGCUAUAGGUCGCACUGGACGCUACACACUAAUCGAGAAAUGGAGAGAUUCUGAGCGACACUUGGCUCCUCAUGAGAGCCCCGUGGCCUCGUUAAACACUUGGGGUCAGUAUGCUGGCGAUGUCCAGUUCAUUCUGCACCGCACUGGCCCUUCUCUCACAGAGCGCCCUCCAUCCGAGGGGCCCCCUGUCUCCCGGGGCCCUGAGCGCGGCCUGCACCGCCAGAGCCUCCCUAUUAUGGCUAAGCUCCGCGCCCAGGGUGAGCGAUCUCUCCGCCGUCGUGAACCACGCCGCAAAUCCCUCACAUUUACUGGGGCGCCACGUGGCCUUAGAGACAUCCUUAAUGGCACGAGAAUUGGAGAAAGAGACUCUAAGCGCUGUGUUGUUCUGAUGAACAGUGCCCCACAAAGCCUGUCCAGAUCCCCACGGCUACCUUCAAGUCGUGUGGAAGAGUUGACCCGCCUUGUGAGGCUGCAGAGGGAGUCUCUGACUGUUCUGGAGCGCCGAACAGAGGCAUGCGAUGCAGAGCUGCAGUCAUGGAGCCAAAAGAGACCAAACACCGAGGACUCCUGGGCAAUCAUGACAGAGGAGAUGGUGCGGCUAGAGCAGCAACUAUGUAGGAACCAGGUGGAGGUGGAGGAGGAGGAGUUUUGGGCCAGCGAGCUACAGAUUGAGCUUGAGAGCGAGAGGCAGCUGGAAGAGCGGCUGCAGGAGGUGCGCACUCGGCUCCGAGCCUGCGAGACUGAGCUGGAGCAGAGGCUGUCCCGUCUGCAUGGCAUGGAGGCAGGGCUGGAGGCCCAGCGGCAGCAGGAGCAGACGAGGGAGAACCAGCUGUGGAGUGAAGGAGAAGUGAAGGCAAGGCUGCAGACAGUGAAGGCUGAACUCAAAGCUCAGGCUCAGCACACAGCACAGUUGGAAAACAGCUGCAGGGCUGUGGAGAGGUCACUGAGUCAGUCUAGUAAGAGACUGCAGGAUAGUCAGUAUGAGCUUGAGCAGCUAACUAAAGAGCUGAGGCAGGUGAAUCUUCAGCAGUUCAUCCAGCAGACUGGCACUAAAGUGACCGUACUGCCUGUGGAACCUAGUGACGUGGAGGCCAGCAUCCCCCCUGUGCCUCAGGAAUCAGAUUUCGCAGCACUGACUGGUUCGUUGAAGCGCCCAGGCCUGUCUCAUGCAGUUGGAGUUAACCUGCGGGUGCUACACAGCCCCAUCACCUCAGCCCUCAACCCUGAGGGCAUCUACGUCUGAGGAACACUUGCAAACACCUUUACACAGCCACUGAAAAACAUCCGAGUUUUUCAACAGUCCAUGCGAUUUCAUAAAAGUAUUAAGUGAUGCAUCAAGACUGUUUAGAAAGGCAGUCACAGGAAGUGAAUUGUUGGUUAAGGCCGGUAGUUAAUGUUUGUCUUUGCGAUGUUGGACAGCUGAUGGAGCAACACAGUAAGAAGCGUGAAAGAGAAAUGAAGGUAUACAUUAUCAGAGGUGGGUAGAGUAGUCAAAGAUUUUACUCGAGUACAAGUAAAACUACUUAUAAAAAUAAUUACUCAGGUAAUAGUAAUAAUGUUAAUAAUUACUUGAGUAAGAGUAAUAAGGUAGCCAACACAUUCCGGAUGCAUUCAGACCACAGCAGCGUACCGUGAGACUCGCAACCUCAUUAUACAUGAUAUAAACGAAUUAUUAAAACUACGUAACUGUAUUUAUUAAUAUUUAAUAGUAACAGAGGAACACCACCAAAUGUAACAAAAGUACAUUUCUGUGACUAAAAAUGAACUUGAGUAAGUAUAAGUAUGGCCAGUUAAACCUACUCUUAGAAGUACUUUUUCUUUUUCUUUUUUUUUUUUUUCUUUUUUUUUUUUAAGUUACUCAAGUAAAUGCAGCACGUUACUACCCACCUCUGUACAUUAUUUUGGUAAUGGUAAACUGGAAACAUACCUCAAAACAAGACCCAUCUGUUAGCUGUAAUAUCUGCUAUGAACUCUGAUAAAAGAUUGUUUAUUUCCUGUAUGGCGACUGUGGGGCAACAGACCUGUAUGAGGAAGGAUAUAUUUAGGGAUGAGUUACUUCAGAAAUGUGAAUAUAUUUUUUUGCAAAGCUGUUUAAUUGUUAAUUCAUCCACAAAGUGAGUUGUUCACAUAAGCAUCAUGACACCUGCACCUUUCUGUCUUUACUGUGGCAUCAUAUUUUAUGCUGAAGUUUAUAUUUUGCCACAGUUGGUAUUAUUUCUUUGUGUACUCCACAUUUAGAUUUUUUAGUGAUGUUGAGCCAAAGAUGCCUGCUAAUAUGUAUAUUUUUGGUAGCCAUAAUCGAACUGCUUGGAUGCAGUUUUAUAGCAAUACAUCUCUGGCUAUAUAAUUAGCUCAUUUUCAUCAUGUUUACCUUUUAGGUUUUACUAAUAUAUAGCUUAUGCAAGACAAUUUGCCAUGGACAUGUGUAAAACUGAGCUUUGCAUUCGUAUUAAAUAAACUUUGCAGUAUUAAAGUAUAUUAUGCUUGACAAAUCAUAGAUUGGGCUCUGUCAAUUAACCAGUUUAUAACUGUUAUAAUUGUAAUCAGUGCCUUAAAUCUUUAUUGAAGCAUUAACAUGAUCAAAUCCAGAUCAAAAUGGGGAGCUCCCAAGUCUGUUUAUAUGAGAAACAGAUGGUGAUGUUGAACUAACAUGCAUCUUUUAUUUUAUAUAAAAACACAUCGGCUGUGUUUGAAGUCCCUCGUUUUAUUUCAUUUUCAUUGUUCAUACUGCUACACAAAACACUAAGUGGGGGACAAGUGUGUGAAUCAUGGCAUCACCCAGUUUCAGAAGCUUCAGUCAUGCUAGCAUAAUAUUUUAUGUACCAUUAUUUAAAGGAAUUAAUGCUCAGUGCUCUCUGGUGCCAUUUUAAUAAAAGGCCUUGUAUAUAGAAUAUAAAUCAAACAUGUUCUGUAAAUGUUGAACUAGAUGAACUAGAUGGAAAUUCAGACUGGGCAAUAGUGUUAUCCACUAUAAGCUGGUGCAUGAAAUUGAUAGGGAUUCCAAACACAGCCACUGUUGCUUUGUGCUCACUGCUGCAUUUUAUGCAUUUUAUGUGCUUGUGAAGAGUGUCAAUUUUUAGUUUCUUUAAAUAUUUUUUCUACUUUGAAACUGUAUUUUAAAAAUGUGGUAAUGCCAUUGAUAUGUAAAUGAUACAUAUUGCUUAUAAAACUCUGUGUUUUAUUGCACUGCAUUUCAACAUUAAAAUCAAAUUAACACGUGUUUAA